ACCGCAGGUGUCAACACAUUCCGUGCUGAAUGAAAACGCGAUAAGUUUUUUUUUAAUUGUUUUUGAUGUGAGAGAGUCCUAAGAGAGGAUCCUAAGAGUUUUGUGAACUUUACACAACAUAUGUAAACAUAACACACGGGGCGGGGUCUUAGUGAAUAGGCUACUAUACGCGCGCGACUGACGAGGUACUUUUGCUGAGCUCUCGUGCGCCGCAGGGCUUCCGCGAACUCGCCGUGUCUGUCGUUGGAGUUACUUAUGAUCUUGCGAGUAAGGUUGCUGUGUUGAAUUUAACCAGACUCUCAACUGGGAAGACGCGGAAUGUAUUUCAGAUUGAAGAAAUGAAGGGUGUGUGAAGGUGUGUCACUUCAGAGGUUACUUAAGUGACGCUCACCAACAGGACUAAUAAGUAGUUACAGAACUAGAAGUACAACGUUGUGACGUGGUAUUACAUGUGCUGCCGGACUUUCAGCACAGCAGCAUGGCAUCAAAGUCCAGUCUUACGGACAAUCUGCAUGACCUUCAUCUGGAGGAUGAAGGGCAGCAUCGCAACCGCUCAGAGGUGAAGAUGAGCCAGAUAGUGCUGCCCUGCCAUGCCAACCACUGCGGAGAACUGAGCAUCGGACAGCUGCUCAAAUGGAUGGACUGCACAGCAUGUCUGUCUGCGGAGAGACACGCUGGAUGCCCGUGUGUGACAGCUUCUGUUGAUGACAUCUACUUCGAGCACACCAUUGGUGUUGGACAAGUGGUCAACAUUAAAGCCAAAGUCAACAGGGCCUUCAACUCAAGCAUGGAGGUGGGGAUAGAAGUCAGCUGUGAGGACCUGUACAGUGGCCGUCAUUGGAGAGUGUGUCAGGCAUUUGCCACAUUCGUCGCCAGACGCACAGAUGGAAACAAGGUGCAGCUGAAGCAGGUUGUGCCCUGCACACACAAAGAGCAAGUAGAGCACAGUUUAGCAGCUGAGAGGAGGAGGAUGAGACUUGUUCACCAUGACAUCAUGCAGGACUUGCUCAACAACAAGACCUUUCAGAGAAGUAUCAGUGACGAGAACCGUGAUGAAGAUGAGGCUGUGCCUACAGAAAGAACAAGAGUGGAAAGUGUCGAGCUGGUACUUCCUCCUCAUGCCAAUCACCAGGUCAACACAUUCGGAGGCCAGAUUAUGGCCUGGAUGGAAAAUGUCGCUACUAUUGCAGCCAGUCGUUUAUGCAAUGCUCAUCCUACUAUGAGGACCAUAGACAUGUUUUACUUCAGAGGCCCGUCCCAGGUUGGAGAUCGUUUGGUUCUGAAAGCCAUUGUCAAUAACACAUUCAAGAACAGUAUGGAGGUAGGCGUCUGUGCAGAAGCCUAUCACGGAGAGGAACCUCUGAGGCACAUUAACAGCGCCUUCAUGACGUUUGAGGUGCUGGAUGAGAAAGGAAGGCCACGUCCACUGCCUCCCAUAAAACCUGAACCUCAGGAGGGACAGAGGAGAUACCAGGAGGCUCUUGCCAGGAAGAAGAUUCGACUUGAUAGGAAAUACAUCAUCUCAUGUAAGCAGACUGAAGUGCCACUGUCUGUCCCAUGGGACCCUAGUAAUCAGGUGUAUCUGAGCUUCAAUAAUGUGUCGGCCCUGAAAAUGCUUGCAGCCAAAAACAACUGGGAACUCAGCUCAAAGAAGAGCCAUCAGGUGAGUCUGUAUACAGUGGAGGAGAGUCAGAGUCUGUGUUUUAGGGUGGAGUUUGAGAUGGAAAUCCCAGCACAAAGGGCCUUCACCCUCCUCUCAGAUCUCAACCGCAGACAGGAAUGGGACCAACACUACACUCUGUGUGAGCUGCUCAUUAAGGUCGAUGAGGACGAUUCCAUCUAUCGAGUGGUUACUCCAUCAGUUAGUGAAGGAGGAAAAGUUCAGGAAUUCAUUUUACUGGCUUCUAGAAGACCGCCUUGUGACAGCGGGGAUCCGUAUGUUAUUGCCCUACGAUCAGUUGCUCUACCCACUCAUCCACCCACAGAGGGGUUCAACAGGGGUGAGGUGGUCUGUGCUGGGUUUACCAUUUAUGAGGUGUCGAAAAGUGUCUCAAAGAUUUCCUACUAUAAUCAGGCCAGUCCAGAAGUGAUGCCGUACAUCUCCACUGACAUCGCAGGCCUCUCAUCUAGUUUCUACUCAAUAUUCUGUGCAUGCAGCCAGUAUCUGCUGGACAACAUAGUCAGCACACCUACAUUCACCUCUUCUACAUGACAUGUUUACGAUUUUAAAGGGGCCAGAUCCAAUACUUUUGUAGCAUUUCAUUCUUUUUCCCUCUUAAAGGUGUGUAUGUAAUAUUGACAGCUAGUGGUUGAAAUGGGUACUGCAGUCCAAAUUAAAAAUUUUGGACUGAGUUGUUUCUCCCACCCACUCCUCCUCAGACUUGACGCUCACGCCGUUUGUCAGUUUGAGGACAUGCAACAGAAAAAAGUGCAAUUGACAAUGGAAGGUGACGAGUCUUACACUGUAAGUUGAUGAGUUGAUUUAUCCGCAUUUUAAUAUGCCUCUGGAUAUAGAGCUUUUUAUAUAGAUGCUAAGGCAUUUUAGGUCGGGUAGAAUCUGUUAUCUCUGACCUAGUUUGUUUGCUAGCUUCCAUUGGUAUAAUACGCUGUGUUUUUCACCAACUGGAAACCCGGAGUGUCGAAAUACUAUUGGGUAAAUUGGCAGUGGGCGGAACCACAUAGACCAAAGCAAAAACAGACAUUCUGACACGGAACACACAUUUCAAUGUAGAAUAACUGGCUGUAGCAUUGUUUUUCAGAGAAACAAGUAUAUGAGUGUAGGAUGUUUCCUAAAUCUCUGCAAACAUAUUAGGGUAUUUUUGUGCUUUAGUGCAGUCAAAAAAAUUACAUACAGCACCUUUAAGUCCAUAACUGAAAGCCGGUUGAAUUGAUCCAUUUUAAAAAUAAAAAAUGAAAAUAAAUACUAGGACUGAGUUAAAAAACAGUGGAUUGUGAGGUUGCAGUUUGAUUUGAAUGUAAAUGAAAGAGAAAGACUGUGGUGCAAAAUAAUACAAAAUAAAUGUUUCUAUGGCA